UAUCUCCAUCAACAGGAUAAAGGACGAUAAAGAUCCCUCCUCCUCUUGCUCCUUCGCCUUCGUUUCUUGGGACAGUCGUUGUCGAACCGCUGACAUGAAUACGUCUCUUCGUGCUCACUCGGUCCGUGACAACUGAAAACCAGUAUAAGUGUUGAGUAAUAUUCUAAUUUCCGAGGAUCGCCUGAUGUACGACUCAAUCCUGUCCAAGAUUUAUCCGGUACGCUAUGUGCUCCUUGGUUGGUCGCGAGUGAAAAAUAGGAAACCGAGAAGGAACAGGUGGCAUGAAAAUGUCUCUCGUAAACUCCCUGAAGAGAUCAUCCGUGGCACAUCUUUUGCUGGCUGUGAAUUUCUUUAUCUCUGGUUUGGCUAUCAAUAUUUUACAAGCUCUUCUUUAUGUCAGCUUAUAUAAAUUUAGUCGACAUUGGUACCGGAUUAUCAACCAAUAUCUGUGCUACUCUCUAAAUUGUCAGUUUGUGUUUUUGGCUGAAUGGUGGUCCCCCUCUGAAACCAUUUUGUAUAUUGACAAAGAAAGUCUGAAAAAAUAUUACAACAAAGAACAUGGGUGCCUUAUUAUGAACCAUUCAUAUGAAAUCGAUUGGUUAAUGGGAUUCCUUCUAUGUGAGAGAAUAGGUAUUCUUGGGAACUGCAAGUGCUAUGCUAAAAAGAGUAUUCAAUUUAUUCCAACAGUAGGUUGGACAUGGAAAUUUGCUGAAUCUGUAUUUCUUGAGAGAAACUGGGACAAAGAUAAAGAAAUUAUCGGACGACAAAUCACAGAACUCGCAAACCAUCCUACUCCCAUAAGUCUGCUACUGUUUGCUGAGGGAACUAGAUUCACCAAAGAAAAACAUGAAGCCAGUUUAAAGUAUGCCGAGGAACAUAAUUUACCCCGUCUACAACAUCUUCUUUCACCCCGUGUCAAAGGCUUCAUUACUUCAAUACCUUACAUGCGCAAUAAAUUUGGGGCCAUUUAUGAUGUGACAUUAUGUGUCAAAGAAUCCCAUCCUGUUGCCCCAACUAUCACUAGUCUUCUCAAAGCAAAAUAUGUAGAAGCUCAUAUGUACAUGCAGCGUAUUCCUUUGGAUGAAGUGCCACUGGAUGAUGAGGGAGCAAGCAAAUGGCUUCAUGAUCUUUAUAUUAAAAAGGAUAAAAUGAUCGACAGCUUCAAAAAAACUGGCAGUUUCUUCGAAAACAGUGGAGUGCCUCCCCUAGAACCUUUCACCCUUAAGCGACGUUGGUACUCACUGUUAAAUUCAGUGGGCUGGGCUCUUAUUACACUUCCAUCAGUUUGCUACGUGCUAAUCUCACUUCUGUUCUCGGGGUCUUUAUUCUACUUCUGCAUUGGAGUACUUUUAGUUGCUGCAAUUUCGUAUUUGUUUUAUCUGCUGAUAGGACUCACAAAAAUAACCAAAAGUUCAUCAUACGGAAAAGUACUCCAAAAUAGUAAUGGAACUACAAAGGUCAGUAAGACUGAGUAGGGGCAAUUACUAUUUAUGAGUUGUCAGUGGUAUGAGAAUUGAUAGUGAGUAAUGGUCACUCUUUUCCACAUUUAACAUUAAGAGUAAAGAGUUGGACUGCUGGGAGCAUAUCCUUUACCUACUCAUCAUUAAAAGUUCUCUUAAAAAGGGGAAGAAAACUGUUUCAGACUGAUUAUGUUGACUGUUCAUACAUGAUGUACACACAUAUAUACACAGUUAUUUAUAUAUCUUGAUAUAUAUGUAUAAUGGCUGGACCAUACUUUAAUCUAUCUUAUCAUUUAGGAGAAUGUAUCUAUAUUAAUUUAAUGUUUGCAAAAUACCCUCUUUUUUUACUCUCUAUUUUCAUUCGUCUUUAAUUUUAUGACACAAAUUCGCUUGCAUAGUUUCAAUGCGUAGCAAGCUUUUAUUUAUGUUCAGUUGUGUUCUUUUGUCAGGUGAGUUUUAAAAGGUCUAAGGCACCAUAAUAGAGAUAAAAUGGGAAAGGCAAGAGGACAACUUUAUCAAUCAUAUCAAAUGGUUUCCAGUAGUGGUGUGUGUGCUGCUUGUAUUGAUUAUUGGUUAUAUGAGAACCAAUAAAGAACCUGGUUACCAAAGUUUUGGUAUAUUUGCCUUGAUAACAAAAUAUUUAGUUGAAAUUGAAAGAUGAGUACUCUUAGAGUAAAUGCCUGCGUUUUUCUCAAUAUCUAUAGUUAUUGCAAAAUAAUCCCCGAAAUGUUUGUUCACUAUGAAGGAUACCUCCUUAGUGAUAUCACUGAACUUGCUUUCUACUUCCUGCUUGACAUUUUAUAAUGAGUUUUAUUUUUAUUAAAAUAUGAAUUUGUUUCCUGUGAAUUGUGAUGUGAUAAAUAUCCAUUUAAUUCCCUUUGAUAUGCUUAUGAAGUAAUGUCCUUGUCCUGAUAUGUGGCUAAUUUCAUUUUUGCUCAUUACAAGAGCACAGACUGCUCAGUGAUUCUAGUUUUACCUGUUUUUCAAUGACUUGUACCAUUUUGAGUUGUGAGCAAAAGCUUUUUUGGUAUACCAAUACUUGGUAGAAAUUACCUCCGUUUUUAGUGAAUGUAAAUCUCAACUUGUACCAAUUUCAAUUUGCUUGGACUUUUAUAAAGUGAGCACAAUAUUAUCAUCCCCUUUUGAGGUGACCUCACCUUCAAUUUUACACAUCCACUGCUUCAUAUAUUGUAUUUACUGUGUUUCUCAAACUGUUCUAUUGAACUAGUUCAUAUAUACAUGACUUUUAUCUUAAACUGUUACUUUUUAUAAAAUAAGUAUACCCAAUAUACCCAAGUGAUAUCAAAGUCAUGUAUGGGACAUGUACUGAUCAUUAUUAUUCCCUGUCACCUGUUAACCUGUGCAGCUUUGUUAAAUAAGAUAGUUUAUCAGUGACAUUCCUUUUCCUGUAGCUCUUUUCAUGUGGAAGCUACUUUCUCUUAAUUUCAUAUUUCAUACUGACUGAUAAACUUAUCCUGCCUCGUUUGUGACCUGUUGGUUGUAAGUAAAACAGAAUCAUAACCAUUUGUUUUGUCCUUCAAAAUAUGUUAAAAUUAUGAAUUUUUUGAAGUAGACUGACAUCUAUUGGUGUGUAAUCAUUCUCUUUACAUAGUUGAUCAUUUUAGUUUUGUGUUGUUUAUACCUAGUAUGGAAUUAGUUGAACAAAUAUUGAGCUUACAGAGCUUGCUUACAGUAUAAUAAACAAUCCACCAUAAAUUGAAUUUGUGGGUUGCUACAUUGGCUGUGUGAAGAUAACUUUUAUGUGCAAAUAAUUUACAAUUACAAUAAGGUGUUUUUUCAUUUCAGAGAUUGUCAUUUACAGACUUGCUUUGUCAUACCGCAUCAUACAAUGUGGGGCUGCAUUUGUAAUAUGUUCAAAUUGAAUAUUGCAAGUGAAUGCAUGUGUGGUGUGUGGUUUCUUUUUAAUUUGCUCUUUCAGCUUUGGAGCAUGGAAAGCAUAUUUAUUUAUUUAUUUUCAUUGACAUGCCUCCACACUAAUCACUUGCUGUCAAGAUCUGGUUGUUACAACUAUAUCAAGCUAUUCAAUUUGAUGCUGUAAAGCUUUUGUUUUCUAUUUUUAAACAAAUAAAGUUUAAAAAAUAAUACAA